GCGACGCUCGCUGGCAACCGUGGUUGCACGCCAUCGACCAGCCACCAGCCUAUCGUCUCCCACGGCUGGUUCACCACCAUCCGCUGUCCGCCACGCUGGCACGGGCGCGACUGCCAGUGCUGAGCGCCUCCGCGUGGUCCCGCCCCUUGGGUGGCAGCCGCACCCAACUAAACCAAGCACCUCAACACAUGGUGCUGUGGACUGCGGUCGCCAUCGAAUCUGGCGCCUCCGGCCCAUGCCCCCAAGGCGUUCGUCGUUGGAUGAGCUCGGGGGACUCUUCAUUGGCUGCCACCGCUACUUGCUCCUGGGAGUCGUGGGUGCUCGAGUGGCGCGGUAAGGGCACCGAGAUCGAUCUCGCCAUGACCCUCGGCCCUCUCCAUCCCCUUCCUCGAGCACGUCGUCGUUGUCAUGCCGCUACAUCUGCUGCCUCCCCUCCCUGGAGGAUGGCUGCUUUGAUUGGGUGGAAAUAUAGGACUGGAGGUAGGGACUCACUACCAUGUAUAGCAUGCAAGAGAAAGGGAGGAGCUGCCCUUGCAUCGAUGGAGCUACUACCUAUGGGGUGCAGACGACAAGCCUGUGUUUUAACUGGCGAUUUUAUUGAUAUAAAUGGAUAGAACAUGUGAUGGUGUGUACUAUCUGCCAUCUAUAAUACCAAUAUAAAUCCCAAGG